CGUUACUCUCCUGAGUCGCUGCGGGAGCUAUAGAAGAAGAAUCGGUAAUGGAGUUACUGAAGAAAAUUUGCCCCGACUCUUCCUACGUAUGGAAUGCAAGUGGAAUUUCACCAUGUUUGGACGAUUUAGUGCUUGGAUUUGGAGGGAACAUAGUGACCGUUAUUAUGCUUGCUACUUUUGGAAUUGUGAAAAGGACUUACAAAGAUAAUAGGAUGGUGCCCCUUUUAGUGGAAGUUUUAUUCCGUGCUAUACCUGCUUUUGGAGUUGGCAUAGCAUUUGUUGACAUCAUUGUGCUUGCAACCAAAAAUCUAAACAGCAGCUAUGAUAUUCCAUAUCACGAAUGGCUAUAUAGAAGUUCGCAAUUGGCAGUAUGGGUCACUGUUCUCCUGGUCUCAAAAUGUUGCCGCUGCUUUGUUGUAUUCUGCAACCAAUUCUUGUGCUUUUGGUGGAUUAUGAAACCGUUUCUAUCUAUAAUGCAGUUGCAAAGAGAUUUUUCUUCUAAUGAGGUAAUCACAUGUGUAAAGGAGAUCUUUGUUGCUUUACUGGAUGUCAUAUUUGCAAUUUUGAUAAAUAUCAUCAGACUAAAGUCAGAUGAUACAGGAAGCAGUCCAAUGGAAGAAUCACUUCUCUCCGGCAAUGUUGAUAUUGAAGAAGGCUGCUCUAGAGAUUUGCCAAAGGGAAUUGUUGGAAGCUUUUGGAGUCUUGCAACAUUCAAGUCUAUCGACUCUGUCUUGGAACAUGGUAUAGAAAAGCAACUUGACUUUGAAGAUUUGCUUGAGCUACCGCUAGAUAUGGAUCCUUCGUCAUGCCAUACUUUGCUAUUAAACCAUUGGGAAUCUCAGCAAAGGAAAAACUUUUCUGAUCCUUCGUUAUUCAAAACAGUUUGUUCUGCAUAUGGAUGGCCAUACCUAUGUCUAGGUUUUCUAAAGGUGGUUAAUGACUGUCUUGGCUUUGCGAGUCCCUUGCUUCUCAAUAAAUUGAUUCAAUUUCUCCAGGAAGGUUCAACAAGUUAUGAUGGCUAUGUUCUUGCAGUAUCCAUGGGCCUUACAUCUGUUUUGAAAUCUUUCCUUGAUACACAGUACACUUUUCGUCUUUCCAAACUUAAGUUAAAGCUAAGAUCCAGUAUCAUGACUCUCAUUUAUCGUAAGUGCCUCUGCACUAACUUAGCAGAAAGAUCUAAAUUCUCUGAAGGGGAAAUUCAGACAUUCAUGUCGGUGGAUGCUGAUCGAACUGUUAACCUGUGCAACAGCUUCCAUGACAUGUGGAGCUUGCCUUUGCAAAUUGGAAUUGCUCUCUACCUGCUCUACGAACAAGUCAAGUUUGCCUUUGUUGCUGGAAUAGCAAUAACCAUUUUGCUAAUACCAGUGAAUAAAUGGAUUGCAAAUUUAAUUGCUAGCGCUACCAAAAACAUGAUGGAGCAGAAGGAUGAAAGGAUUAGGAGGACAGCUGAACUCUUGACAAAUGUUCGCACUUUGAAGAUGUUUGGAUGGGAGUUUCUUUUUGCUUCUUGGCUGACAAAGACAAGAUCUGUGGAAGUGGCUUACCUAUCUACUAGGAAGUAUCUGGAUGCAUGGUGUGUAUUCUUUUGGGCAACAACGCCAACUCUUUUCUCUUUGUUCACAUUUGGACUCUAUACACUGAUGGGUUAUAAACUUGAUGCAGCGACGGUUUUCACGUGCCUUGCAUUGUUUAAUAAUUUGAUCUCCCCACUCAAUUCAUUCCCUUGGGUCAUCAAUGGGCUUAUUGAUGCCAUAAUAUCUACUAGGAGAUUAAGCAGAUAUCUAUCUUGUUUUGAGCAUGAACCAGAGAAGGAACGGACUGCCAACUCUUUGUUUCUACCAGACCCAAAUAAGCAGUCUAGUUCCGAGGAUGUUGCCAUUUUUAUCCACGAUGCAUCUUGCACAUGGUCGAGCAGUGACGAGAAGCAGUUAGACUUGGUUUUGGAUCAUGUCACUCUUCACAUUCCUAAAGGUUUACUGGUUGCAGUAGUUGGAGAGGUUGGGUCAGGAAAAUCAUCCCUACUCAACUUGAUUUUAGGGGAGAUGAAAUUGGUAAAUGGCUCUAUACAUGUAAAUGGUUCUACAGCCUAUGUACCUCAGGUCCCUUGGAUUCUCUCUGGAACUAUCCGUGACAAUAUUUUGUUUGGGAGGGACUAUGAUCCAAGGAGAUACUCAGAAGUAUUACGGGUGUGUUCUUUGGAUUUUGAUAUCUCAAGAAUGGUAGGAGGUGACUCAGCUCGUGUUGGAGAGAAAGGGCUCAAUUUAUCAGGUGGACAGAGAGCUCGUCUUGCACUUGCAAGGGCUAUAUAUCAUGGUGCACAUAUAUACAUGCUUGAUGAUAUCCUCAGUGCUGUUGAUGCUCAUGUCGCUUGCUCUAUAUUACAAACUGCAAUUCUUGGCCCUGUGAUGAAACAAAGGACACGCAUUCUUUGUACACACAACCUUCAGGCAAUAACUGCUGCUGACAUUGUGGUCGUGAUGGAUAAAGGACAUAUUAAGUGGGUCGGAAAUCCAGCUGAUUUAUCUUGUCCUUCCAGUGUUGCAUUCUCAACUGUGGAUGAACUGAGUGCAUCUCCUACAUCUCAUACUGAAGAAAGAAGAUCAAGCAUGUCAGCAGAGCCCGGUCUGGAAGUUUCAGACUCUGAUUCUAUAAGCAUUUCUGAUGAAGCACAAGACAUUAUUGAAAUAGAACAAAGGAAAGAGGGAAGAGUUGAACUUAUGGUCUACAAAAAGUAUGCUGCAUUUUCUGGUUGGGUCAUCACUUUUGUAACAGGUCUUUCUGCAAUUAUGAUGCAAGCUACUCGUAAUGGAAAUGAUCUGUGGCUAUCAUAUUGGGUUGACUCAACUGGAAGCAACCAAAAAGCAUAUUCAACGACCUUUUAUCUGGUUAUCCUCUGCGUGUUCUGUUUGGCAAAUUCUUUGCUAACUUUAGUGAGGUCAUUUUCGUUUGCGUAUGGUGGCCUACGUGCUGCUGUUCGGGUGCAUGAUAAAUUGUUAAAGAACCUUACUAGUGCACCAAUUAGGUUCUUUGAUCAGACACCGAGUGGAAGAAUAUUAAACAGACUGUCUUCAGAUCUCUACACAAUUGACGAUUCCCUUCCAUUCAUUCUGAACAUUCUUCUUGCCAAUUUCAUUGGCCUUCUGGGGAUCGCUGUAGUUCUAUCAUAUGUUCAGAUCGUGUUUCUGUUUCUGUUGCUGCCUUUUUGGUUCAUUUACAGCAAAUUGCAGCUUUACUACAGGUCCACAUCACGUGAAUUGCGAAGGCUUGAUAGUGUGUCCCGGUCACCAAUUUAUGCAUCUUUCACUGAAACUAUUGAUGGAUCAUCAACUAUUAGGGCGUUCAAGUCUACGGACAUUUUCUUGAUCAAAUUCUUUCAGCACCUGAUGGUUUAUCAGAGAACUUCUUACUCGGAGGUAAUGGCAGGGCUGUGGCUCUCUCUGCGCCUUCAGCUUUUGGCAGCAUUUAUCGUGUCGUUCAUUGCUGUGAUGGCUGUUCUUGGCUCUCAUGGAUAUCUUCACAUUAACUUAGGUACUCCAGGGCUGGUAGGUUUGGCACUUUCGUAUGCAGCCCCGAUUGUGUCCAAUUUGGGAAGCUUCUUAUCAAGUUUCACCGAAACAGAAAAAGAGAUGGUUUCUGUUGAAAGAGUUCUUCAGUACAUGGAUAUACCUCAAGAAGAACUCAUCGAAGACCAGAGAUUUGAUCAACACUGGCCAUUUCAAGGAGACGUAAAUUUCCAGAAUGUGACUCUGAGAUACAUGCCAUCAUUGCCUCCCGCUUUGCGUGGUGUUUCUUUUACCAUCUCAGGAGGAACACAGGUUGGAAUAAUUGGAAGAACAGGAGCUGGAAAGUCGAGCAUUUUGAAUGCCUUAUUCUGCCUCUACCCAAUAUGUGGAGGGCAUAUUAUAGUCGAUGGCAUAGACACAGCUCACAUUUCUCUCAGGGAUCUCCGCGAAAGGCUUUCUGUUGUCCCCCAGGUUCCCUUCUUGUUUGAAGGGUCACUCAGGAGCAACCUAGAUCCACUGGAUGUGAGUGAAGAUAUGCAGAUCUGGGAGGCUCUGGAUAAAUGCCAUUUGAAGGAGGAAGUGGAGGCUGCUGGAGGGUUGGACAUGAAUGUUAAAGGCUCUGGUGCACCAUUUUCUGUCGGGCAACGUCAGCUACUCUGCCUUGCCCGUGCUCUCCUCAAAUCCUCUAAGGUACUGUGUCUGGAUGAGUGCACUGCAAGUGUAGACACUCAAACAGCUUCAAAACUGCAAAAGGUGAUCAUGGAUGAAUGCCAAGGGACGACGGUGAUCACAAUUGCUCAUCGCAUUUCUACUGUUGUGAACAUGGACAACAUACUAAUCCUAGAUCAAGGCAUCCUGGUGGAACAAGGAAAUCCGCAUCAUCUUCUUGAAGAUGAAUCAUCCUUGUUUUCAAGCUUUGCAAAAGCUUCAAAUAUGUAGCUAUGCUGUAUUGGAAUGGCUAUGAAUCAACAAUUAUAUGUUUCUCUCUUUUAAGUUCAGCUGUUUCUUGACUC